AUGAUGGAAGACUCAUAUUUAGACGUGACUGCUGACUAUGUCGAUGAUUGUAAAAUAACACAAAUGCAAUAUCAUUCGUUUACACCAUAUUCAAACGCGUCUUUUUCAUACAACGAUGAAAUUAGAAUAAAUAUCCAGAAUAUGGAUUCUUACACUUUACCGUGUGAGAGUUUUCUUUACAUUGAAGGGAAUGUACAAAAACCUUCCGAUGCUGUUGGAGACGUACGUUUUUCAAAUAAUGGAUUGGCAUUUUUAUUCUCCGAGAUGCGAUAUGAAAUAAACGGAAUAGAAAUACAAAAAUUGAAAUCACCCGGAGUGUCGUCUUGUUUGAGAGCAUACUGUUCAUAUACACCAAAUGACUUGAAUACAUUAGACAACUGUGCUUGGGAUACAGAAAUGGACGGUGAAGAUAAUAAAAAUUUUAUGACCGACAAUGUAUUUGCCGGAUGCAUCCCUCUAAAACAUUUAUUCGGAUUUUGUGAAGAUUAUAAAAAAAUAUUACUUAAUUGCAAUCAACAAUUGAUUUUAAAUCGCUCGUCUACUGAUUUGGACGCAAUACGUGUUGUGGGUGCCGGAGCCACCGAAAACGUUGAGAAAAAUAAAAAAAUUAGGUACUAUUGA